AUGGGGGAAGUAGAUAAUCUGAACUUAAAAAGAGGGCAAUUAAAAGCAUCAAUAACACGCUUUUGGAAUAUUUUACAAACCUCAAAGGUUGAUCCAAUCGAGAUAAAAGCUCAACGAGAAAAAAUCGAAGAGGUUUGGACGGAGUAUGAACAGGUUCAAUCACUAAUAGAGAUGCAGCAAGGAGUAGACAUGGAUGCGCAAAACGAGUAUAGGACGAUAUUUGAGGAUCUCUACUUUAAGUGUGUAGUGGCAGCGGAAAAAAUAAUUACGCCAACGGACAGCGUGGUGGAGAGUAUAAAGGAAAAUAGUGAAACAGGGCACGAAAAGAAAGUAAUGYCAGCGGUUAAAUUAGCGGCGUUAAAUGUACCUACAUUUAGCGGAAAUUAUUAUGAAUGGACGUCAUUCUUCGAUAUAUUUUCGGCAUUAAUUGACGAAAAUAGUGCGCUAAGUUCAAUAGAAAAAUUUUUCUAUUUGCGAGCGUCACUGUCMGGCGAAGCAUUAAMUUCAAUACAGUGUUUAGAGACGACGGCAAAUAAUUAUACGAUGGCGUGGAAGUCGCUGGUUGAGCGCUAUAAUAAUAAACGGGUAUUAGUACAGGCACACGUAAAGGCAAUAUACGACCUUGAAGUAAUGAUAAACGAAUCAGCGGCAAAAUUAAGGCAAUUUACGGACAAGGUGUGUGGACACAUGCGUGCGUUAGAGGCAYUAGGCGAACGACCGACGGAUUGGGGCCCGUUACUAAUACAUUUAAUCGCGAUAAAAMUUGAUAAAACCACAUUGAGAGAUUGGGAAUCAAAAUCGUCGCAUGAUAAGGUUCCGGCCGUUUCAGAAUUAAUUAAAUUUUUGGAAUCGAAAUUCAAAGUAUUAGAAGCGAUAGAGGUCGCAAAAAACAUAGGUGUUCGAGCGCCAACGGAGCCAAAUGCAAAAAAACGGCAGGAAAAAGGAAGUACGUCGCAAUUAUACGUGUCGACGUCGACAUUGAAAUGCUAUGUGUGUGGACUAAUGCAUACGAUUUAUAAGUGCCCUACAUUUUGCGGUUUAAAUAUAGCGGAUAGAAUAAAAAGAGUGACUGAUCUGAAUUUAUGUAAAGUCUGCCUACGUAAACACGAAGGUAAAAACUGUAACGCACGGUUUUGUUUCAAAUGUGCAAAGCCGCACAAUAAGUUGUUGCACUUAGCCGGAUCCGAAAAUAAAUCGACUGCAAACGAAGGAAAGCAAGGUCAAACGGCAAGUUCGACUAUGGCCGUAGCGAACGAGAAUAGUGAAGAGUCAAAGUCGUCCAUAAGUGCGUACGCRUCGGUUGUAGCGGACGAUCGUAUUUUAUUARCAACAGCGAUAAUAUUAUUGCGMGACGAUACGGGUAAUUUAGUACCCGGGAGGGUACUACUAGACUCGGGGUCGCAGAGUAAUUUAAUUACUGAACAGAUGGUUCAAAUUUUACGAUUGAAGAAAAGGCGAGUUCAUCAUAAUUUAUCGGGAAUCGGAGAUAGCGCGCAGACGGUGUCGUCGRUAGUGAAUACGACAAUCAGGUCAAAUUAUAGCGAGUUCACACUAUCAACGUCGUUUCUGGUAGUAAAACGAAUAACAAMAAAUAUACCAUCGAAAUUGUAUAAAGGAAAUUACACGGUUCCUAAUGGUAUAAAUUUAGCGGAUCCAGCAUUUUUAAAACCACAAAAAAUAGAUUUAUUAAUUGGGGCAAAUCACUUUUUCGAUUUAAUGCAAUCUGGACGGCUUAAAYCAAUAACAAACGGACCGGUGUUCCAAGAGACGUUCCUAGGAUGGGUGGUGUCAGGUCCGAUAGGGUUUCCAGAAAAAUCCGAAUAUGAACACUCGUCUAGUGUGGUAUGUUUAUCGGUCAGUGAGACAGCGGAGACGGACUUAGAAAAAUUAAUCGCGACAUUCUGGCGGCUCGAGGAGUAUGAAGCAAAGAAAAUAUAUACUUUAGAAGAAAAARCGUGCAAAAAUKAUUUUGACAAAAAUGUUAAACGGGACGGCGAUGGCAGGUUUAUCGUGCAUUUACCGUUUAAAAAAGACAAAACUAAACUAGGAAAUUCAUACGAUAUAGCGAUGCGUCGACUAUUAUCACUCGAGAGGCGUUUCCAGAAAGACCCGAAUUAA